AAGCCGGAUCCGGGAUGUUUAAGUGGGUGGGCCCGUGAACGUAGGGAUGUAAGGCUGAAGGCGCAGGGUAUGACGUUCCUCGCCGUUGCCCCACGCGACAGGCUACCAUAAACACCCUGAAGAAGACUACUAUAACCACGACCGCAACCCGCAAUAAGCUCCUUUCAGACUGCACCUCUUCAGCAUAAACUACAACAGUUCCAACUUGCUACGAACUCCAGAAACCAUUUACUUCUGAAAAACUUUCGAUUAAGUCUUCCGCCUUUACAUCAACCGCAACUACUCUACAACAAUGGCCACCAACGUCCUCAGCCCUCGCGACACCAACGCGCAAGUCAAGCCCAUGUCUUCCCCAGAGAAGAACGCCGAGAAGAAGGACUCCAAGAGCCUCGACUACCACCGUCAAGUUCUGCAGUCGCGCCUAGACAACGGACAAGAGCAGAAGUUUGUCUCGCCGUCUGACGAGAUCAUGAGUCCUGCUACACAGAAGUUGCAGGCUUUCAAGACCAAGCACGCCAUGAAGAAAUCGAAGCCGCAGACGCUGUUUAAGAAGACAAGCGCGAAGAACUUCGAGUCGAGCAAGGGCAGCGGCACACUGAUGUUCGCCGAUAUCCCCAAGAAAGACACAAAGGAAGAAGAUGCGUAGACAUGGGCUUACAGCCAUCCUUGUUUAGCGUGUGCAGCAUCGUUUUUCUUCUUGGGCGCAAUUGUCAUCUGUAUACCCUGUUGCGGCUUGGACGCCUUCGGAUGAUAGGCUGGUUCUGGAGUUUUGAUUACGGAUGAAUGACUACGACAAUCAUGACCAUAUAUAUUGAUGAGACGAGACGCAAUGGAACAACGUUAUCAUGCA